AUCAAGCGUUUCCGGCUGCCAACGGGCGAGGACAUGUCCUGCGUGCUGUGGAACGACCUGUUUUACAUUACCGGCACCGACAUUGUUCGCUCGCUCACCUUCCGUUUCCACGCGUUCGGCCGUCCAGUGACAAACGCCAAAAAGUUUGAAGAAGGCAUCUUCAGCGACCUGCGCAACCUCAAGCCCGGAAGCGACGCCCGCCUGGAAGAGCCCAAAUCCGAAUUGCUGGAUAUGCUCUACAAGAACAACUGUAUCCGCACGCAAAAGAAGCAAAAGGUGUUCUACUGGUACUCUGUUCCUCAUGAUCGUCUGUUCCUUGAUGCCCUGGAACGGGAUCUGAAGCGGGAGAAGAUGGACAUGGAGCCAACCACCGUUGCCGUUGCGGAGCCUGCAGCCUCGCUCUCCCUUGAUUCG